CUCUCUUAAAUCAAUAACGUUUGAAGACUCAAGGGAGGUGGUAGGAAAGAGUAGAGUUUGUUUAGGAGAGACAAAGACUGUGAAGGGAAGUGAGAGAGGGAAGUACACAACUGGACUAGGUGAUCGAGUCACACCUCAUUUGGCUGACGCCGGGUAUUAUUAGUGUGUAAAAUCAGCAUUGCGACCAUGCUGCCAAACCGCUGCGCUGGACACUAUCCCAUUGCACUGACGCUCCUAUUGGGAUGCGGCGUAAUUGUAUGUAUUGGCCGAAACGACACAGAUCCCAUCGUACUGGAAGGCAAGUGUGUGGUUGUGUGUGACUCGAACCCUUCCUCAGACGCAGCGGUCACCUCCUCGCUCGGGUUAUCUGUCCGCUCCGAAGGCGCCAAAGUGGCUUUCUCAGCGGUGCGCGGGACUAAUCAUGAGCCGUCGGAGAUGAGCAACACGUCCUUGACCAUCUAUUUUGACCAGGUAUUAGUGAACAUCGGCAGCCAUUUCGAUCUAAAAGCGAGUGUGUUCCAAGCGCCACGGAGAGGGAUCUACAGCUUCAGCUUUCACGUGGUAAAAGUCUAUAACAGACAAACCAUACAGAUCAACCUGAUGCAGAACGACUAUGCGGUUAUUUCAGCCUUUGCCGGCGACCAGGACGUUACGCGGGAGGCAGCCAGCAAUGGAGUUCUGCUGAUGGUGGAGCGUGAGGACCGGGUCUAUCUGAAGCUGGAACGGGGUACGCUCAUGGGCGGAUGGAAAUACUCCACUUUCUCUGGCUUUUUAGUCUUCCCGUUAUAACAUGCGAUUUGUUUGUUGUCACCCGAAAGAACAAUCAUGACAUUUAUUUGAACAGCAUUGUCUGACAAGGAAAUCUGUAAGCUACCUAACCCUUCGUGUGAAUGUGAUUGUGUGCACCGCUGCACCUGAGAGUAAGGAACGUUUACUUGGAAUACAAAUCCAAACCCACUGACCAACGACAGAUCAUCGACCUGAAAUGGGCACCAUGUCAACAAGACAUCUUUAGAUUGUACAGGAAACUUUUUUCAAUAGAUGACAGUCUUUUAUUACACAACAUACUUGUAGGCUGGGUGGGGUAUUCGGCAUGCUUGUAUCCACAAAUAAAAUACAUAGUACAGUGCUCGAAACAGACAUUUGUCAGAGUUGCUCUGUGUCCUGAAAUUUGUGUCCAAUUUAAAACAAUAAAGAAAA